GGGAGGAGGAAAGGCAAGUGCAAAAUCAGGGACGACCUUGGCCCGGGAACUUUGGCAGCUCUCCUCAUCCCAGCCUUUGCUGCCGGGUAGGCACAGCGCCCUCUCUCCCAGCGAGCGCCUCAGAAGAGCGAGUCCCCAGUGCGCAAAGCCUCCUCUGCCUCUGGGCUCCCUUCUUGUCCACAUAAAACCCUCGGGUAGAGCGUGGAUCGGCUUCCCCCCGCGCGUCGGCGGGACCCGAGCUUCCCCGUCCCGAGGGCGCCCUGCGCCUCCCGCACAGCGAGCCGCUUCCCCCAUCCGGUGGCUUUUCUGGAGGAGAACACCGCAGCGUCAUCGAGAUAUCUUAAGGAUCCAUCUUUCAACACUGUAAAAAGAAGAUUCUCCUUGAAAGCUGGACUAGAUAAAAUACAUGCAGAGGAGGCUCAUGCAGGAGGUGUGCUAGCAAUGAGAGGAUACCUGGUGUUCAUAAUUCUGAGUUGUGUAUUUCUGUAUUAUGUUCUUCAUUGCAUUUUGUGGAGAGAGAGCACCAGUUGGCUACGAGUUAUGGAAAUGAAAAGGUCACCAAUGCUUUCUUGUUCACUGAAGCCUGCUUUUGAGUCUCUACUGAGUUUUCGUGGAAUAUAUCCUUUCAUGUGUACAAGUGAUUUAAAAACAAUAGCUACUCUUCAUGAAAGUGAUAAGAUUGCACUACCCUAUGGAGUAAAGAAAUCAGUGCCAGAUUUCCAUCUUGCUCUCUCAAGACUUCAGAGCUGUGACCUGUUCCCUGAAUCUGACCAAUUGCCCUGUAAAAAAUGUAUUGUUGUUGGUAAUGGUGCAGUUUUAAAGAAUAAGACACUGGGAGAAAAAAUCGACUCCUAUGAUGUAAUAAUAAGAAUAAAUGAUGGGCCUGUUAGAGGACACGAAGAGGAUGUUGGGACAAAAACUACUUUCCGGAUUUUUUAUCCAGAAUCUGUUUUCACAAACCCAGAGGACAGUGAUCCUGAGUCUGUUGCUAUUCUUGCGGUCUUCAAACCUCAUGACUUAAAGUGGCUGUGGGAAUUGCUAAGUGGCAUCACACCAAAGGUUGAUCAUUUUUGGAAGAAACCAGCCUUAAAUCUAAUCUAUAAACCUGAAAAAAUCAGAAUCCUAGAUCCUAUUAUUACAAGAAUAGCUGCUUUCAACAUGCUUCAUUUUCCUACUACUUUUCCCAAAAAGGAGAAACCCAAACACCCAACAACGGGAAUCAUCGCCAUCACACUGGCAUUUUAUAUAUGCCACGAAGUUCACUUAGCAGGUUUUAAGUACAAUUUUACUGAUAAAGAUGGCCCUUUGCACUAUUAUGGAAAUACAACCAUGUCCUUCAUGAGCAAGAAUGAAUACCACAACAUAACUGCAGAACAGAUAUUCUUAAAGAACAUCAUAGAAAAAAACUUCGUUAUUAACUUGACAAAAGAUUGACCUUAAAAGACUCUAAAGAGAUUGAUAUUUCAUCAGUAUUUUAUUUUUUUAUAAAUUUUGAGUUUAUUUUUUAAAAUAUCAAGCUACUUCUGUAAAGCAUGUUUUUCAAUUUUUGUAUAACUUAGAAAAUGUUGAAAGACUGAGUCUGUUAUUGUCUGCUGGUUUAGAUUUAACAGAAAUUGCAUUCUGUGAAUAUAUUUAAUUAUGAAAAUUACAGUUAAGAUAUCAGGACAAAUGUAGACUAUCCUGAAAAUUCAAUUUUUAAAAUGAAAAAAACCCCUCAGUUCUUAUCUGGAAGAAGUCUAUAAAUUUGUAAGGAUCAGGAAAACUGGGUGGCCCAACUAUUCUAUUUAAACAGCCCAAAUCAAAAUAAUUAUGUUCUGAAAGUUAAGACUACCUAAGUAGAAUUGAUCCAAGAUAAGAUGGGCCUGCCUGAAUAUAGUCAGAGGAAAGGGAAGAUAGUUUUACGUGUAUGAAAUUGAAAUUUCCAGAUGAUUUGGAUAAAAAUUUAUAAUUUGCAACUUUGUAUCUCUGACUCAAUGAGCUAUGUUUUGGCCUGAAUAGCCUUAACUUUCUCCAGUCGUCUGUUUAAUCUCUAUUAUUUUUCUCCUCCAAGUCAAACUUGAUCAUGGAAGGCCAUCACAUAGUGCAUUUCUGCAUCUGGAGAAGUUCAUUUCAUUUUGUAGUGUAGGUCUUUAGAAUGAAAUAGAAAUUAAGUUUUCAAAAUUGUAAAUGUAAAUUAUAAAAAUACUUGAAUGAAAAAUACUUGAAUGAAAACUGAGUACAGUUCUUUUUUUCUUGAAAAUGUUGUAAAAACCAUCCUAUAGACACUUUGGGGGAUUGCCUCUCUUGCAACAGAUUGUCUCUGAUCUAGACAUUUUCCCCCCUCCUAACUGAUGUCUUAAGAGUCUUUGCUUGAAACAUUAUAAACUUCAAGACCCAAGCUACCUUAAACUGGACUUCUUGGCGUAUCUGGUUCCUCACUACUGAUGAUAUUGUUGAUAGGAAACCCAUUAAAUGCACUCGAAUAAGACCUUUAGCCCUCCCUAUUAAAACCCUUGGCUUUUAUCUGCAUCACUGAACUGCCCUGUGACCCAUGGGCAAACUAGUUAAAUCCAUCCUGAACUAGUUUCAAUGAUGACUUGGCCAUAAUUUGAGAGUUAGCUGUGGACCAUCAAACCCUUUCUUUCUUUGGCUGUAUGACUAGGAUUUUUCUAGCUGCAUUCUGCACAUUAAAAAAUA